AGAUUUUCAAAAAUGCAGACAAUGGUGAAAUAUAAUGUUAUUUUAUUCUUGUUUGUCUCUAUGGUUUUAUCACCAAUAACGUUUUUUAUGUGUUCUGCCACUGAAAGUGGUGAUGAAAGCAGUAAACUGUAUAUUGUAUAUAUGGGCUCACUUCCUAAGGUAGCAUCCUAUUCUGCAACCUCUCAUCAUCUCAGCAUGUUGGAACAAGUCAUAGGUGAUAGCGGCGCAGAAAAUUCAUUGGUUCAAAGUUACAAGAGAAGUUUCAAUGGUUUUGCCGCCAUACUCAAUGACCAACAACGGGAAAAGCUUCUCGCCAUGGAAGAGGUGGUCUCAGUUUUUCCAAACACUAACUUUCACAUUCAAACCACAAGAUCGUGGGAUUUUCUUGGAUUCCCUCAAUCAAUCAAAAGGGAUCAAAUUAUUGAGAGUGAUUUGAUCAUUGGAGUUAUAGAUAGCGGAAUAUGGCCCGAGUCUCAAAGUUUCGAUGACAAAGGUCUUGGUCCCAUUCCCAAAAAGUGGAAGGGAGUUUGUAAAGGCGGUGCUAACUUCACUUGCAACAAGAAAAUUAUUGGAGCACGGUCUUACGGUAAUGCAAAGGAGAAUGCAAGAGACGACCUUGGUCAUGGAACUCACACAGCAUCAAUUGCGGGUGGAAGAGAGGUGCAAGGUGUGAGUUUUUUUGAUUUUGCAAAAGGCACCGCAAGGGGUGGAGUCCCAUCUUCAAGGAUUGCUGUAUAUAAAUUAUGUGGCGCGGAUGGUGGAUGCACCGGUAUUAAUAUCUUAGCUGCAUUUGAUGAUGCCAUUGCUGAUGGAGUUGACAUCAUAACAAUCUCAAUUGGGAGCGAGUCUGCUGUUGAGUUUCUUAACGAUCCUAUUGCUAUUUCUUCUUUUCAUGCCAUGGAGAAAGGAAUACUUGUAUCGCAUUCGGCAGGAAACUCUGGUCCUAACCCAAGUUCUACUUCAAGUGUAGCACCUUGGUUAUUUAGUGUUGCUGCAACUACCAUAGAUCGUCAAUUCAUUGAUAAGCUCAUUCUUGGAAAUGGAAAGACUCUCGUUGGUAGGUCGGUAAAUGCUUUCCCUUCAAAUGGUACAAAAAUUUCAAUAGUUAAGAGAUCUUGCUCUGAAUCCUUUAACAAAACACUGAUGAAAGGAAAGAUUAUUUUGUGUGAAUUAAAUGGGUUUGAUGAAUGGGCUUUUCAAAAUGGUGCAUUUGGUAUAGUCUCAAGUGUUGACCUAGGAAUUAAUGACGUUUCUUUUGUAACUCAAAUGCCUUCAGUUAACCUUGAUUUAAAAGACUAUGUUCUUGUUCAAUCUUACACAAAUUCCACUAAAUCCCCUGUAGCUGAAAUUUUGAAGAGUGAGAUCUUCCAUGACACGACUUCUCCUAGAGUUGCUUCUUUCUCUUCUUGUGGGCCAAACUCAUUGGUUAUGGAUAUAAUGAAACCAGAUAUAAGCGCCCCAGGAGUGGAUAUCUUGGCUGCAUAUUCCCCUAUAUCCCCACCCUCCGGGAAUUCCGGUGAUACGAGAAAGGUAAACUACAACAUAGAAUCUGGAACCUCCAUGUCAUGUCCCCACAUUGCUGGUAUUGUUGCCUAUGUGAAAUCAUUUCAUCCGGAUUGGUCACCCGCAGCUAUCAAAUCUGCCAUCAUGACCACAACAAAACCAGUAAAUGGUACUUAUAAUAAUUUGGCUGGUGAGUUUUCUUAUGGAUCAGGAAAUGCAAAUCCACGAUUAGCUAUUGACCCGGGACUUAUUUAUAACAUCACAAAGGACGAUUAUGUGCAAAUGCUUUGUAAUUAUGGUUAUGAUAAUGGAAAAAUUAAACAGAUUACUGGAGACAACUCAAGUUGUCGCGAUGCUUCUAACCUAACUUUGGUAAAAGAUCUAAAUUAUCCUGCAAUAGUAAUUUCUGUUGCGGCUGAGACACCUUUCAAUAUCAAGUUUCCUAAAAAAGUUACAAAUGUUGGCUCAAAAAACGCAACUUAUAAAGCUAUUAUUACUCCAAUUCCAAAUGUCAAGAUUACAGUGGAGCCAAACAUUCUCUCAUUCAAAUCAUUGCAAGAGACACAAUCAUUUGUAGUCACCGCUGUUGGGAGAGUAGGAUCACGACAAACCGAGUUUUCUUCUUCACUUGUUUGGUCAGAUGGUACUCACAAUGUCAAGAGUCCAAUUAUCGUGCACAUAAAAUCCUAAACUAUGUAAAAUAAAUAUGUGGUUCUUUUGUACGAAAAAAAUAAGUUUCUCUCUAGUCUCCAAUAAUACAUUAUGAUGAUAUAUUUUUAAAGUUUACAUGAACAUGUUGAUCUCUUAGAGAUAUAAAUUUAUUUAUGUUUUCUGUUUGUUUGGAA